AGACAAUACUACCAGUAAGGUUUGCAGAUGUUCUAUUAAUUGAAUUAGACUUAUCAGACAUAUUGUUAAUUAGACUUUAUGCUUUUCAUUUACUUAUCAUAUGUAUCAUCGAGGCAAGAUGAAAACUAAAACAUUGUACGAACAAUGAACAUUUGUGUGGUCAAGAUGAGACCAAGUGUGAGUCGUUCUAUAGUUUCAGCGGCAGCAUCUAUAAAACGCGCCCCUGGCGACACACAAAAUAAAUGUCAGGAAGUAAAGCCGUUCUUGCAAAUCCCUGGACCGGUCGCACUACCUCUCAUCGGGUCUGUAUGGAAAUAUAUUCUCCCGGGCCCCAACCGGUACGAUCCGGAGCGCCUACAUGAAGUGGCGUGCCAGAAGUAUGACGAGUUCGGACCUUUGGUGCGAGAGACGCUGCCUGAUGGGUCCGGUUUGCUGUCCGUCUUUGACCCUGACGACGUGCAGAGCUUCCUUCUGCAGACCCGGAUCCGGCCUGACAGAAGGUCCCACCUCGCACUGCAGAAAUACCGUCUUGACAGGCCUCACAUGUACAGUUCUGGAGGACUAUUACCAAGUAACGGAGAAGAUUGGUUGCGGCUACGGCGGCCAUCACAGGCAGUUUUUGGCCGGCCCGACGUAGUAGCUUCCCGCCUGCCGCAGGUUGACCAGAUAGUGCGGGAUUUCAUCUCUCUGUUGCGAGCGCUACGUACAGCAGAUCUUCAGGUUCCAGACCUGCUGCACCGCAUCAAGAUGAUGAACAUGGAAGUGAUGCUGAUGGUGUUGUUCGGUGAGCGCUUCGGCUGCGUUACGGAGCGUCCCUCUGCCCAGUGUUCGGCCCUGAUGGAGGCCGGCGGGCGGUCCACGAGGGCCAUAUUUAAGACGGACAACGGCCCUCUACGUCUCUAUCGUUACGUCUCCACGCCCCUAUACCGACAGCUGGUCGAUAGCCAGGACUAUAUAUACAGUGUGGCGAAGCAGAAGUACGAAGAAGCCAAAUCCCGCAAGGGGAGUGAAGAGGCGCCCUCGGGUGGUGGCACCACCGUCCUGGAGGGCCUGAUGCGGGCUCAGCAGCUGGGGGAGCGGGAGGUUAUGGGGCUGCUGUGUGAUGCUCUCAUGGCCGGCGUCGACACCACGUCGUACGCGCUAGCGUUUGCGCUGUACCAUCUCGCCUGUAACAGCGGCCCUCAGCAACGGCUGGCCGAUGAGACGCACGCUCUGAUGGCGACAUCGCAUGGUCGGGUGACAGAAGAUGUAUUGCGUGCGGCAAAGUAUACGAGGGCGGCGCUGAAGGAGAGCAUGCGACUUAUCCCCAUCUCCAUAGGAAUCGGCAGGAUCAACUACUCCCCCAUCCUGCUCCGGGGCUACCACAUCCCUGCUGGGACAACGAUAGUCUCGAUGAACCAACACAUCGGAAGCAACCCGCUCUACUUCCGCGACCCUGAGGCCUUCAGGCCCGAGCGCUUCUUGGAGGACAGCGCCGAGCUCCACCACAGCCACGCGCUUCUGCCCUUCGGUCAGGGCAGCAGAAUGUGCAUAGCGCGCAGCAUUGCUCGUCAGGCUGUCCACACGACAUUGCUACACAUGGUGAAUAAUUUUACGUUGAAGUGGCACGGACCAAAGUUGGGGUGCAAGGUGCGCUUGAUCAACGAGCCCGACGCGCCCCUCUCACUGUCCUUCACUGACAGGGAGGUAAAGGCGUCCGUCUCUCCACAACCAGCGGGUUGAUCUGCUGCCUGACAGAAACCCAACUCAGGAGGAGGAGGAAGAACGUUGGAAUGUUGGCACCUCUAGAAAUAUUUAAUCCGCUAUUUUAAAUUAAAAUCAAUCACUGACACGAGUUACCACCCAUGUUUAGACACUGAAACUUGACAUUUAGACGGUCAAUUCUAUCGCCGAUGUAAAGUUCAUAAUCUGUGGCAUUUCAAAAUUUGAGUAGCAAAUCCCAAAUGAAUCUAUACCGAGCAAGUCACACUUAAUCUCAUUCCCAUUAUUCGCGAAGAAUAACAUUCACUAGAAAAACACGGACUCAUGAUUGCUCCACCAAAGGCCAUUUCAUCAUAUAUGUGUUCAUUAUUAAUACACCAGUGUUUGAAAGUCUUGCCAAAACCGACGAAAAUGAAGUCUUGUGAUCAUUCAAGUGGAUUCAAAUGACAAAGUAGAAUUUCUUAUAAAAUAAGAGCAAGUUCACAGCACUAGUGUGCAGCUCAAGCUUCAGAAUUGAGUUAUUGCCAACCUUCUGAGAAUCUCUAAUCUCGAAUAAUUCUAAUGAAUAAGCUUAUCUUCUAAAUUUGAUCAAAAUCCUGUGCUCUAUAACGAGUAUCAAAUGUUCCAUUAUUCUACUACCUCAGUGAAGGAAAAUAGAUUAUUUCGAUGCAUAUCCAACAGUAACAUUGAUUUAUCAAAAAAUAACAUCGCAAAA